ACCUCAGCAAAUUAGAGUCGGUGAACCUUGGAUACUAUUGCAAGAUUCCCAAAGAUAUUAAGAACUGGGUGGAGCUGAGAACUCUCAAUUAUGACGGAAUGGCGCCUAGAGGUAUAGAAAUGCUAACUCACCUGGAAGUGUUAAUUUCUUACGGGGUUAGAAAAGAAGAAGACCGCAUCGGAACUAAUAUCACUGAUUCUAGUGGGAUCGAAGAAUUAGCAAACCUGAAUUCCCUUAGGGAGCUAAAGGUAUGUCAGCUAGAGAAUGUGCGAGGCAAAAUAGAUGCGGAGCGUGCGAAGUUCAAAGACAAGCAAAACAUUAGAAUGUUGGUUCUUUAUUGGGAAGACUUGGUUGCUAAUAAUACAGAUUUGGUGUUAGAUGGUCUCCAGCCUCACCCUAAUUUGAAAGAAUUGAAGAUACAUGGAUUCUCUGGUUUAAAGCUUCCCAAGUGGAUGGCUUCAUUUUCUUGGCUUCCGAAUUUAGUGAAAUUGAGUUUAUCGAAUUUCAAAAGAUGCGAGGAACUUCCUGCACUAGGUAUGCUCCCAUGUCUUAAGGUCCUUUGGAUAGAUGAAAUGAGUUCAGUCAAGUGUUUGGGUGAAGAUUUUUAUUACCAGGAAGAAGAAAGCAAAGGUUCUGGAAAAGCUACAGCUGCAGCAACAACAAUAGCAGCAGCAUCAUUCCUUUCACUAGUUGAGUUAAGAAUUGAAUACAUGAGAAAUUUAGAAAGAUGGGUUACCCCUCCACCACCUCACAACUCCUUCCCUAUCCUUGAGAAUCUAUCUGUACACAACUGCAAUAUGUUGACACGAGUACCAGAUUUGCGAUUAUGGACUUCUCUCCAGAGCUUAAAAAUCAUGAGAUGUAACAAAUUGAAGAAAUCAAUACCUUAUGAUCUCAAGAAAUCCCUCGACUUUAUUAAAGAAGUACAGAUUUCUUAUUAGUGCACCAAAUUUCGUUACAACAGACAAAGAUAAUUGAGCUGAAAAGAGGGGAAGAAAAUGGCGGACCUAGUGAAUGUUUCAAGCAAUAGGAUAUGGUGGCAUUCUCAUGCUUCGUUUAUGAUGGUGGGGAAAUGGAAGCUGCUCGUGAAAAAGGCUGGAGGGAAUCAACAGAAAAUUCCCCAUUUAAGGCAGCUGAUUAACCUUUAGCUUGUCUUGUGGUAAAAAAAAAUGAUGUCACUGUCAUGCACCAUGUGUACAUUUAAGUUCGGUCCCUGGAGACUGGAUGGGUAACUAACUGAAUCAUUCUAUGGGGCGAAUGAAGUAUUUUCUGUGGUGGAAGAUUCUUCACUGCCUGUAGAAUUUCAUAUUUAUAUCUAGCACUUCAGUACA